GUAAGAUCAAAGGAAGAGGUAAGAGAGGAAUGUAUAAGAGUUACGUGGUUGACAUGAAAAUUAAAGGGAGAGGAUCGAAAUUGAAGAUCACAAUACCUGAUGAAAUUGACCGAGCAAUUGGAGAAAAUGCUCGUCACUUGGUUAAUGAGUGUGGGCGUAUUGUGAGGACAAAAGCUCCCUUGAAUGUGAAAAGUUGGAAAGAAGCAUUUGACGCAGCUGGAGAAAGUAUGUUGAAGGAAAUACAGGAUAAGUUUGAAAUUGAUAAGUCUAGCGAUUACUUCCGAAUGUAUGCAUUUGUCUUGGAGACCAUGCAACGUUUAUAUAGAUUGUACAAGUGUAGGUUGCACAAUUACUACAAAAGUGCGAGAUGCGGAAAAACUAACGAGGAGCUCAAAAAGAAUCCUCCUCUUGACUUACCCCAACCUCAAUGGGAAUAUCUGAUCAAGUAUUACGGAUCUGACAAAUUUAAGGUCAUAAGUGAGAGGAACUCUAAAAAUCGGAAUUCUGACAAGAGAACUAAGCAUACAACUGGAAAUUUAUCAUUUCCUGAAUCAGAAGAUGUAUUGACAAAAGAGAAUGAUAAUGUGAAGCUAACUGCUGAUAAAGUUUGGCUUAUCCAACACACUCGUAAGAAUGAUCAAGGAAAACUAGAAUGGCUCGAUACGCGGUCAAAAGAAAUCCAUGUGAAGUUGAAAGAUGUUGUUGCAUCAGCUGGGGAUUCAAUGACACAAGAUGAAAUUUUGCUUAGAGUUCUGGGCCAAAAGUCAGGGCAUGUACGUGGAAAAGGGACAGGGAUACGUGCAUAUUCUAAAGAGAAAGCACAAAUAGAACAACGUAAGAUUGUGGAGCAACAACAAGAGAAAAUUCAAGAGCAACAACAACAAAUUAAAGAUUUGAUGGAAAGUCAGUUGCUACAACAACGACAAUUUGAAGAAUAUAAGGCACAACAACAAGAAGCAAUUGAAUCGAUGAAACAAAGCAUCUUACAACAGCUACAGAAUAAAGAAGUUCAAUGAUUGUCAUGAAUGCUUAUUAGGGAAACAUAUCUUCGUUGAAAAUUUUUUGUACUCAAUGACGAAGUUGGUGAUAGCUACAAGCAUUUUGGAUGCGCGAUGUUUUGGGUUAUGAAGAAGCUAUUAUGCACUUGUAUAUUUUUGGACUUUUUAAAAGUGCCUAUCACUUGUAAUUUUUUGCAUAAAAACUUGUGUAUGGUUGGAGAAUUAUGUUGGAAAAUUGGUUAUCCAAUCCGUUACAUGUAUAUCAAUUACGGGAUUCAAUGACACACGAUAAUAUUUAGGACGUGUGAUAUUUUGGGAUACGAAUUAAUAUAUAAUGAUAA